CCACGGCUUCACUUCACUCACCACACAACCAAACACACUUGCACCGAGCUAGCAAGAGCUAGCUAUCAGCCAAGAUGGCGACCAAGCAUUUGGCUCUUGCCAUCCUCGUCCUCCUUAGCGUAGGCAUGGUGGCCACCGCUGCUGGACCCCGCAAGCUGGGCUAUGGUCCCGGAGGAGGUGGUGGUGGCGGUGGUAGUGGCGGAGGUGGUGGCUAUGGGGGAUCAGGCUAUGGGUCCGGGUCCGGGUACGGUGAGGGCGGUGGCAGUGGAGGUGCUGCCGGUGGGUAUGGGCAUGGUGGUGGCAGCGGAGGCGGCGGUGGUGAGGGCAGUGGUGCUGGUGGCUCUGGGUAUGGGUCUGGCCAAGGUUCUGGCUACGGGGCUGGAAGUGGUGGUGCUGGUGGGUAUGGAAGCGGUGGAGGCGGCGGAGGUGGUGGUGGGCAAGGUGGUGGUUCCGGCUAUGGCCAUGGAGGUGGUGAGGGCUAUGGCUCUGGCUCCGGCUAUGGAGGUGGCGCUAGUGGUGGUGGCGGCGGCGGUGGACAUGGUGGUGGCGGUGGCGGCGGCCAAGGGGGGUCUGGCUAUGGCUCCGGCUCCGGAUACGGGUCAGGUGAAGGGUAUGGGCAGGGUGGAGCUCAUGGAGGAGGAUAUGGCGGCGGCAGUGGCGGCGGCGGCGGCGGCGGCCAAGGCGGUGGCUCUGGAUAUGGCUCCGGUUCUGGCUAUGGCUCCGGUGGUGGACACUACUAAACUCAGUUUCAGAGCCGACUGCAGAGUAUAUAGUUACAAAUGUGUCAUCGGUGAUGUGAGUUUGUCUCGCUGUUUAAAAAACAGCUUAUUUGAGUGUGUGUGUGUAACACUAAAAGCAUGCUUGACACUAUACGUGUAAUGCUGUACCUAGCUUGCCGCUUUAUUAUGUACUUUGCAAGGCCUAAGGAAUAAAUAAAAGGAUCUGUUGGCUUGGAAUUAAAUUAUGAAAA